AGAGAAUAGUGGUGAACGCAUAUAUAUAUAUCCAAUACGUGCUCGCAUGCACAUGCAGUGAUCGUGCCACGCAGAAAUAAAUCUUGCAAACAAUCUAUUGCGACGGAAAGAUUAACUUGGACAGGCAUUUCUUUUAUAAAAAAGACAAGAACUUACGAUGCUACUGGAAUUAAUUGGGAUUUUCAUCGUCGCUUUAAUAAUCAUUGUGUAUACUUAUUAUAAGUAUGUGUUGUUCGAUUUCUGGCGCAAAAGAGAUGUUUUUUAUGUCGAGCCUGUUGUGCCAACUGGUAAUAUCGGAGCCUUAGUGACUAAAAAAGUAUCAAUAGGCGAAUUCUUCCACGAUGUCUACGUAAAAUAUAAGGAGCAUCGUGCUUUUGGAAUAUACACGUUUUUCAAGCCAAAUCUGGUAAUCGCUGAUCCUGAUCUUAUUCGGGCGGUGCUGACAAAGGAAUUCAAAAAUUUCCAUGAUCACGGAAUGUUCUGCAACGAGAAGAUUGAUCCAUUGUCCGGUCAUUUGUUUUUACUAUCCGGGAAGAAGUGGCGAAAUUUACGGGUCAAGUUAACACCCACCUUCACUUCAGGAAAAAUAAAGCAAAUGUUUGCGAUUCUGACGACAUGCGGCGAAGAGUUCGUAAAAAGCCUAGAAAGCAUAGCUCAAACAGGAGAUUCCAUUGAGAUAAAAGAUUGGUUUGCAAGGUAUACAACGGAUAUAAUUAUGUCAACAGCUUUUGGAGUCAAAUCCAAUUGCAUAAAGGAAGGCUAUAAUGAAUUUCGACAUUGGGGAAAAAAGAUCCUUGAAACGCAUCCAUUUUGGACCGCUUUAUUUAUGUUCACACCCCAAGUUCUAGAUUUCUUUUCCAUUCCUUUCAUUGACCGAGGUGUCACCGAGUUUCUUACGAAAACGUUUCGGGACAAUAUGGAAUAUAGGAAAACUCAUAACAUUGUCAAGCAUGAUUUUAUGAAUCUACUCAUGCAACUUAUGGAGAACGGCUACGUUGAACCCGACGAUAUGAAAGAUGUCGUUGAUAAAUCCUCAACCAUGAAUAAGCUCACUUUGUUAGAAGCGGUUGCGCAAGCUUUUGUCUUUUUCGUCGCUGGCUUCGAAACUUCUUCAACGACAGCAACGUUCUGUUUAUACGAGUUAGCUCAACAACAAGACUUACAGGACAAACUUCGCAAGGAAAUCGAUGAAAUAUUAAAAAAGCAUGACGAGCUGACCUAUAACGCUGUAAACGAAAUGACAUAUCUUCAUAAAGUAGUAAACGAAGCAAUGAGGAAAUAUCCGCCUUUACCUGUUUUGAAUCGCGAAUGUACCGAGGAAAUAGAUCUUCCAACAACAAAUAUUCAUGUACCGAAAGGUAUGUUAAUCACUAUACCACUAGUCGGAUUACAUCGUGAUCCGUCGAUAUACCCCGAUCCCGAUAGAUUUGAUCCUGAAAGAUUUAACGAGGAUGAAGUAGCAGCCAGACAUCCUUAUGCUUAUUUACCAUUUGGAGAAGGACCACGAGUCUGUAUCGGUUCGAGAUUUGCUUACAUGCAAACCAAAGUUGGACUCAUAAGUCUUCUAUCAAAAUUCAAGUUUAAACUUGAUCCCCGAACUACGGUUCCGGUAAUUUUCGAUCAAAAUGCCCUUGUACUUACGGCCAAAGGCGGUAUGUAUCUUACUAUCGAACCGCGAUAAAAAAGUAAUAA